AUGGCCGUUCCAUUCCACCGCCUCAGGGUGUGCGGCAGCAUCCUGGUCGCCGCCCGGGGCGCCAGCAUCCACACCUUCAACAUCACAGAUGGUUCACAUAUUGCUGCAUGGCGAGUGCCACGGUCAGCAAGCAAGGAGGAGGAGAAACACGAGGAUGAGGGUGUACGUCCGCCAGAAGAAGAUACUGGUGAGAUUGGGGGUGGCGAUGAUGUACCCCCGUCAAAACGGAGACGGCUAGAUGAGACGGAGGCCAAGGACAACACAAAGAGCCAGGAGCAACAACCACAACAAACCAGUGCCAACGGCAACGCCAAUGCGAACCCAAAAAAGAAGAAGAGCAAGUCCAAGUCCAAGCAGGCACCCGCCAACUCGGCCAAACCCCAAAACAUCCUCGAGGCCACCGCUGAUGGCCGUCAUCUCGUCGUCAUGAUGGGCCAUGACAAGACGCUGCGCGUGCUGGCACACGACCUGCAGGGCCAUCUGACGCAACUCAGCGCACGAGUUAUGCCCAAGCGCCCCUCGGCCGUGGCAUUUACGGCCGACAACCAGACGAUUUUGUCGGGCGACAAGUUUGGCGAUGUCUAUGCGCUGCCCCUGAUCGAGGUGGAGAAGACGGAGGCUGAAGUGGCAGCAGCCGAACGGGCGGCGAAGAAACAAGAGGCGGCCGAGCAAAAGGCGGCACAAGAGGCGGCACAAGAGGCCAUUGUCGCGCCUCGGCGCCUCGAGGCCAACAAAUUCACCGUGCACACCAAGGGCAACCGCCAGGCCCUCGAGAACCAGCGCCGCCAAAAGGAGCUGCUCAUCCAGCAGGGGCUCGACCCGCUGAAGAAGGAUGCCGAGGCCAGCGCCAGCGAGUACCAGCUGCUGCUGGGCCACGUGUCCAUGCUGACGGCCGUGGCGGUGGGCGCAGGUUUCCGAGAGGGUGAGCGACCGACACAGGGCGGCCCGCGUAUCCAGCACGUCCGGCGUCCCCUCAUCCUGACGGCUGACCGCGACGAGCACAUCCGCGUGACGCGCGGCGUGGUUGGGCCGACCGCGGCCACGAGCCAAACCCACGUGAUUGAGACGUUUUGUCUGGGCCACACGUCGUUUGUGAGCCGGCUGUGCAUCCCCUCCAGCCGGCCCGAUCGGCUCGUGUCGGGCGGCGGCGACGGCGAGCUGCGCGUGUGGAACUUCUGGCCCGAGGGCCGGCUGGUGGGCACGGCCGACCUGGCGGCGGCGGUGGCGAGCGUGGCGAGCGUGUCGGGUGCCGAGGCCAAGGUGGCCCUGUCCGGGCUGUACGCGUUGGGGUCCGGAGCGGGGGGUCCCGAUGCCAUGACGGACGACGAUGCCGCGGACGCCUUUCUCGUGGCCAUUUGCGAACGAAUCCCCGCCCUCUUCUUCUUUCGGUUGGCGGCCGACGGCGCCACGCUGGCGCACACACAGACGGUGCAGCUGCCAGAAGGACAGCUGCCGCUGGACGUGGCCGAGGUCGGUGACGGCGAAACCCGUCGGCUGGUCGUGGCAGCCGCACCGGCUGAGGAGGAUGCCGUGACAGCCACACCCCUGCUAUCGCUCAUGAGCACAAAAGAGGGCUGGACGGUGGCCGAGACGUCGCCAUUUGCCGCGCUGCCGCCGCCAACGGUUGAACACGACCCGGACUCGGCCACGCUCGACCAUGCUGUCUUGCGGAAGUUGCUGCUGCACAGCAACGAAAGCCUGCGCAAGGACAACGAGAACGAGGAGUAG